AUGGCCCAGAAUGUACCUCAGAAUGUACCACAGUCGCCAUUUGACCGCGCGCUCAACAUCUUCAAGAAAGACCUGACCAAGCGGGACAAAGAGAAUUUCAAAAUAGCAACCUUUCAAGACCUUCAAAAAAGCAUCGAUGAUCUUCAGAAAACACAUCAAUCGACACGUCGGAUUCAAGACCUAAGUCGGUUGGGCGUCUUUCUAGAGGCUAUUGAGCAAUACACCAAGGUCGUGGAACCAUUCUGUAACAGCAAUGAGAUUGUAGCGUUUAUUCUGGGGCCUAUUAAGUUCCUAUUGCUGGUCGCAAGUUCGUACCAGAAAGCAUUCCAGGAGCUUGUCAACACCUAUGAGUCUCUUGGGGAUAGUAUUCCUCUUCUACUUCAAUACCAGGAACUCUUUCGCACCAAGCCUCACAUGACCAGAGUGCUGUCGCUCAUGUACGAAGAUAUCCUCAGUUUUCAUCGACUUGCCAUGAAAUAUUUCCAACAACGUCUAUGGAAACAACUCUUCGAUGCAACUUGGCCCAGUCAUAGGUCCCGUUUUGCAUCCGUUAUCGAAAACCUGGCUAGACAUCGGACGUUAAUCGAACGACAUGCCACACUCUCUCAAAUCGAGGACUCUCAGGAAUCACAGCGUCUGGCAAAUGACCGGUUUGAUAUAAUGAUGCAGAACGAAGACAUGACACGAGCGGUUGUGGUUUCCCAAUGGCUGAAAUCUCCGCAUACGGAUGUUGAUCAGUAUAAUUUUACCAAAGUCCGGUUGGAUUACCCUGAUUCUGGCAAAUGGCUACUCGAUAACCAGUCGUUCCAAGAAUGGUUUGAUCCUAGUUUUCCUAAAAUUCCCCCUCUUCUUUGGAUUAGUGGGAUUCCAGGAUCAGGUAAAACCAUUCUGGCUUCUUCUAUCGUAGAACAAGCCCAAAGGCUUUCUACGAAGCCCACGGUUCUCUUCUUCUAUUGUAAACAUGACGAUCCUGAGCAUGACAACUUCCUGUCGCUUGCACGCGGAAUCUUGGCUCAAAUCCUGCACCAAGACAAAGACCUGCUGACUUAUUUCUAUGAAGAGCGCAGCAAGAGUAAAGAGGCGGUCCUUUCGGUUCCGGAUCAAGUUCGGAGACUUUUGGCCCUUGCAUUCCAAAGAUGCAAGAAUACAUACAUUAUCCUUGAUGGACUGGAUGAGUGCAAGCGCGAUGAUCGCAAAGAGAUUGUACAGUGGUUUAUCAGACUUGUCGAGAAACUUCCGGUCAACGAGUCAUCCAGAAUACGAUGUCUCUUCACCAGCCGAGAUGAUGGUCCUGGCCGCAAGGAUUUCGACGGCAUGUUCUCUUUGAGUAUUCGACAAGAAGAUAUGCGGGAAGACUUGCAGCACUAUUGUCAUUUUCAAGCUGAAAAGUUGAAGACAAAACUGUGGUUGUCACUAGACAGGACACAGGAGAUUUCCGAAACUGUUUUCAAGAGAGCUGGAGCAAUGUUCCUCCUCGCAAGGUUGAUCUGGGACUCGUUGCUGGAAGCCACAUCCAUCGAGAGCUUGGAGGAGCAGUUGGAUCCGACCAGGCUCCCGGUCGAUAUUUACGAUGCGUAUGUAUAUCCGACUCAUUUAUCAUUAUGGCACGAUUCCUUUGCACUUGGUUUGAGUGGUUUGGCUGACAUUUUGUUCAGCUUCCUCGUUGACGAGCGGAUUGUCGACCCAUUGUACGAUGAUAUAGAAAUGGGAUCUCUAUGCCUCAGCUACCUGAAUCUGCCUGUGUUCAUGGAUUCCAUCACCAGCAAUGCUGCUUCCCAAGGCGAUUAUGGUCUUAUGGAUUAUGCGGUCAUCUACUGGAUCAAACACCUUGAUGGCGUCAUUGGAGAGGCUAGUCGACGAAUGACAAGAGCUAAGCUGCAGGACAGUCAUCGCGCUCAAGCCAUCUCGCAAGAGCAAGAUAGGUCUAUUAUUUACCCAACUUUGCAAGAGGAUAAUUAUCCACAGGCCAUAUCUCCCUUUGCUGAGGCUCUGGGUGUCUUUGUUGACGAACAUUGGGUCGAGCCCAAGAUUUCACUAGAGGUUUCUUCGCGGAACAAGAAGAAACUGCAAGUCUUCGAAGACAGAGAUUUUUACGAAAACUUGGAACAGAUAUAUGUCUUCACGAGGAAACAACUUCACUCCUUUGGCGCUCUGAAAAAGGACGAAAUCUCCACAGAUAUCGCUGACAUCGUGCGUGAGGUCCGGGAUGAGAUUGAAAAGGCCUUCACCAGUGCCAUGGACAAGUCGUCAAAGGAUUCAGUUGUUGAAAAAUACGGCGAGAAUCUGUUCAAAUGCCCGCGGCUAAGCUGUCGGUCAUUUACAUCCGGCUUUGCCACUACCGACGAGCGAGAUCAUCACGUUGAAUGGCACGAUCUCCCAUUCAGAUGCAACGACAAAAACUGCAUUACCGGUUUUGACAUUGGCUUUGCCAACCAGACUCAAUAUAAAAGGCACAUGAGGAUCUAUCACCAAUCCACAUUUCCACAACACGAACAAUUUCCAACAGAUAAGGAGAUCCAGCAAAGCAAGCAGGGAGUAAUACAAAAUAAGCAGGCCAGAACACAGCCUGCCCCAGCUUCAAGCAGUACCCGCCCGCCAGAUCCAACCCUUCAAGGGGACACGGCAGCCAUUUCAGGGCCAGAAGAAUCCUCAUCUUCAGACUCAGAGCCACCAGAAAUUCGGCCUCUCCCACGGGUCGAACUACAGCCCGAAGAUCUCAAGUGUCCAACUUGUUCCCGCGAGUUCACAAAACUAUAUAACCUCCGUUCACAUAUGCGUGUCCAUCAGACAAUUCGGCCUUUCUCGUGUGAAUUUUGUCCGAAGACUUUUACCAGAAAGAAUGAUUGUACUAGACACAGAAAAAUUCAUUUGGGAACUAGGGAUUGGGUUUGUGGUGGGUGUCAGCAAGCGUUUUCGCGGUCAGAUGUGUUGAAUACGCAUUUCCAGUCCCAGAAAGGUCAGGCCUGUCUUCAAAUGAUUGCUCAACAGCAGCAAGAGAAUUAA